AUUAAUCCUCAUGUACUCCCCUCAUUUCUCUUUGAACACACACGGAGAGAGACUCUCCCACAGUAAAACCUUGGCAGAUUGUAGUCAAAUGGCUUCCAAUGAUCACCAUGUCCAUGAUCAUCACCACCAUGACCAUGACCAUGACCAUGACCAUGACCACCACCACCACCAUCAUGAUCAUGACCAUGAUAAAUCAACAACAUCCUGGGUGGGAGCUGAUGGGAGGGUUUACCAUAGCCAUGAUGGACUGGCACCACACUCACAUGAACCCAUUUACUCACCUGGAUUCUUCAGCAGAAGAGCUCCACCACUUGGCAAUAGGGAUUUCAAUGAAAGAGCUUUUACUGUUGGUAUUGGUGGUCCUGUUGGUACUGGGAAAACCGCUUUAAUGCUGGCUUUGUGUAAAUUCCUGCGGGAUAAGUACAGUCUUGCUGCUGUGACAAAUGAUAUAUUCACAAAGGAGGAUGGUGAGUUCUUGGUGAAACACGGGGCACUUCCAGAGGAAAGGAUACGUGCUGUAGAAACAGGAGGCUGCCCGCAUGCUGCUAUUCGUGAAGACAUCAGCAUCAAUCUUGGUCCUCUUGAGGAGCUUUCUAACUUGUACAAAACAGAUAUCCUUCUUUGUGAAUCUGGAGGAGAUAAUUUAGCUGCCAACUUCAGCAGAGAACUGGCUGACUAUAUCAUCUAUAUCAUAGAUGUAUCUGGAGGUGAUAAAAUCCCCAGGAAAGGGGGCCCAGGCAUAACCCAAGCUGAUCUCUUGGUGAUAAACAAGACUGACCUUGCACCUGCAGUUGGAGCUGAUUUGGGUGUCAUGGAGCGUGAUGCACUUCGCAUGCGAGAUGGAGGGCCCUUUGUUUUUGCUCAGGUGAAGCAUGGGCAUGGUGUCGAGGAUAUAGUAAACCACAUAUUACAGGCUUGGGAAGCAGCAACAGGAAAGAAGCGCAAAUGAUCUUUCUUUGAAGAGCCUGUAGUUCAUACCCCGUAUUAUUAUUCAUUUUAUUCUACUGGGUUUUUCUUUAGUAAUAAUUAACUAUGAAUAGGACUGUUAAUAAGUUCAUUAAACACUACAAACUAACUAGUCCUUCAAAGUGAAAAAGUUGGGGGUUCCACUGUUUCCCUGUUUACAUUCUUGGAAAGCACAGAAAGAGUGAAAUAUCCACCUGUUAACUGAAAUCUGAUGCAUAUAUGAAAGUCAUGUAUUUCAUUCUUCUAAA